UUGGAAAAAUGCCAAUAUGGAAUGCUCGAGCUGAGUCCUCUCACGUUCAUGGUUCUUGUCGUUCUUGAUUCCCUAUGGUUUCUCCGUUGCUGCCCGAUUGUGGUAGGGUAGCUGGCUCAGCGCCGGUGAUACAGUUCAAAGUCUUUUGGGUUUUACAUUGCACGAAAAUUUGGAUACAAUGACGGACUCCAGUGAUUUGGAUCGGCAGAUAGAGCAGCUUAAAAAAUGUGAGAUUAUCAAGGAAGCCGAAGUCAAGGCAUUAUGUGCCAAAGCACGAGAAAUUCUUAUCGAAGAAAGUAAUGUUCAGCGUAUAGAUUCACCAGUCACUGUUUGCGGUGACAUUCAUGGGCAGUUUUACGAUUUAAAAGAAUUAUUCAAAGUAGGAGGAGAUGUCCCUGAAACGAAUUACCUGUUCAUGGGUGAUUUCGUUGACAGAGGAUUCUACAGCGUCGAAACGUUUCUUCUUCUUUUGGCCCUGAAGGUUCGUUAUCCCGACCGAAUAACUUUAAUACGUGGGAACCAUGAAUCCAGACAAAUUACCCAGGUUUAUGGAUUUUAUGACGAAUGUCUUCGCAAAUACGGUAGCAUCACGGUUUGGCGAUACUGCACGGAAAUAUUCGACUAUUUAUCACUCUCCGCCAUUAUCGAUGGGAAAAUAUUUUGUGUGCAUGGUGGAUUAUCUCCCAGUAUUCAGACACUCGAUCAAAUUCGAACAAUCGAUAGGAAACAAGAAGUUCCCCACGACGGACCAAUGUGCGAUCUCCUGUGGUCAGACCCCGAGGACACUCAAGGAUGGGGCGUUUCUCCAAGAGGAGCUGGGUAUUUGUUCGGGAGUGACGUUGUCGCCCAAUUCAAUUCUGCAAAUGAUAUCGAUAUGAUAUGCCGAGCUCAUCAAUUAGUGAUGGAAGGAUACAAAUGGCAUUUUAAUGAAACAGUUUUAACCGUGUGGUCGGCGCCGAAUUAUUGCUACAGAUGUGGCAACGUCGCAGCAAUUUUAGAACUCAAUGAACACCUUCAGAGGGAUUUUACGAUAUUCGAAGCAGCGCCACAAGAGAGCAGAGGAAUACCGAGUAAAAAGCCGCAAGCAGAUUAUUUUUUGUAAACAUCGUCGUUAUUAAUCAGUUCCAUAACAUUAAAAGUAAUUUCAGUAAGUUCCCGGCGUUACUUUCGUUUUUGUCCUACUGUUUUAUAGUUUUUUUUUUUCGUUUCUUUUUCAAUUGACGCAAUCAUAUAACACGAUGCAUUUAUAGGCUAUUGUAAAUGACUGAAGUAAUUACAUGCAACCCGACUCGUAUGUGGCUGUAAAAAAAGGAAAAAAAUACAAUUCCGAAUGAUUGAAUACCCUAAA